AUGCUGGCCAAAGUGAAUGCGAAUUUGCCCCUCCUUGAUGUGAUCAGAAAUGUCCCGGCGUAUGUUAAGUUUUUCAAAGAGUUGGCUUCUAACAAGAGGAAAUUCAGUGACAAUGAGAAGGUUCUGGUCUUAGAAGUUGCAAACUCUAUCAUGCAGCAGCCCUUGCCACCAAAGCACCGCGAUUCAGGUAGCUUUGUGAUUAAUAUUGAUUUAGGGGAUGGUAAGGAAGCCUCUAGUAUGUUAGAUUUGGGUCUAGCCGAUAGGUCUAUUAGAUAUCCUCGUGGGAUAGUAGAGGAUGUUUUGGUGAGUGUUGGGGGAUUGAUUGUUCCCGUUGACUUUGUGGUUCUUGAGAUUGGGGAGGUGCAUGAAAACGGUAUAGAGCACACACUGCUGUUAGGAAGACCGUUUAUGGCAACCACUAACACUUUGAUUGAUGUUAAGGAUGGAACCAUUAAAAUGACUGUGUUAGGGAAGUCUAUGUCUUUCUCAGUGCAUGAUGCUAUUGAUGGCUUGGUCGAGACAGUAUUUGUGCAGGAGCAGGAGUGUGUGGAAGUGUUUGCAGGAUCAGCCGAUAUGGAGGAGUUAGCUCGAGAAGCCGAAGAGAUGGAACAGGCUACGCUGCCUCUUGAUGAACCUGUGGGGUCCAAGAAACCUGAGUUAGAGCUGAAGAAACUCCCUGCAAAUCUCAAGGAUGUGUUCUUAGAAGAGGAAAAGGAGAAGCCGGUGAUCAUAUCGACAGCGCCGUCUAAGGAGCAAGAAGAUGCGUUGCUAAGGGAGGUGUUUAACCCUGGUGCAGUCGAGCUGUACAAUGAGAAUAAUAAAGAGAAUUUCAGAGUAAACGGUCAUAGCGUGAAGCUGUAUUAUGAGCACCAGAGUCCUCUGAUAGUGGUGGAGUCUCAAGCUCUGCACGAUCCAGAGCUAUGA